AUUGGACGACUGAUUAUUGGACAGAAUGGCAUCUUGUCAACACCUGCAGUCUCCUGCAUUAUUAGGAAGAUCAAGGCAGCUGGUGGAAUCAUCCUCACGGCCAGCCACUGUCCCGGAGGACCAGGGGGAGAGUUUGGAGUGAAGUUUAAUGUUGCAAAUGGAGGUCCUGCACCAGAUGUUGUCUCAGACAAAAUCUACCAGAUCAGCAAAACAAUUGAGGAAUACGCCAUAUGUCCUGAUCUUCGAAUUGACCUAUCUCGACUUGGGAGACAAGAAUUUGACCUGGAGAACAAGUUCAAACCAUUCAGAGUGGAGAUUGUGGACCCCGUUGACAUCUAUCUCAACCUUCUUCGAACAAUCUUUGACUUUAAUGCUAUCAAGAGUUUGCUGACUGGGCCUAGCCAGCUGAAGAUCCGAGUUGAUGCCAUGCACGGAGUUAUGGGACCCUAUGUGAGAAAAGUUCUGUGCGAUGAGCUGGGGGCCCCGGCCAACUCUGCUAUAAACUGUGUCCCACUAGAAGACUUUGGAGGUCAGCACCCGGACCCAAACCUGACAUAUGCAACCACCCUUCUGGAAGCCAUGAAAGGGGGAGAGUAUGGAUUUGGAGCUGCGUUUGAUGCUGAUGGGGACCGUUAUAUGAUCCUUGGCCAAAAUGGCUUCUUUGUGAGUCCCUCGGACUCACUUGCCAUCAUUGCCGCCAACCUCUCUUGCAUUCCGUAUUUCCGUCAGAUGGGGGUUCGAGGGUUCGGGAGGAGUAUGCCAACCAGCAUGGCUCUGGACAGAGUGGCUAAAUCAAUGAAGGUCCCUGUAUAUGAGACCCCUGCUGGAUGGAGAUUCUUCUCAAAUCUGAUGGACUCUGGACGAUGCUCUCUGUGUGGAGAAGAGAGCUUUGGCACUGGAUCUGAUCACCUCCGAGAGAAAGAUGGCCUCUGGGCUGUUUUGGUUUGGCUGUCCAUUAUUGCUGCCCGGAAGCAGAGCGUGGAGGAAAUUGUUAGAGAUCAUUGGGCCAAAUAUGGCCGCCACUACUACUGCAGGUUUGACUAUGAGGGACUGGAGCCCAAGGCAACAUACUACAUCAUGAGGGACCUGGAGGCCCUGGUUACAGACAAGUCAUUCAUUGAAAAACAGUUUGCUGUGGGGAGCCACAUUUACAGCGUUGCAAAGACAGACAGCUUCGAAUAUGUGGACCCUGUGGAUGGCACUGUGACUAAGAAACAGGGCCUGAGGAUCAUUUUCUCCGAUGCAUCACGACUCAUAUUCCGGCUCAGCUCCUCCAGUGGUGUGCGGGCCACCAUCAGACUGUAUGCAGAGAGCUACGAGAGGGAUCCCAGCAGCCACGACCAGGAACCACAGGCGGUGCUGAGCCCUCUCAUAGCCAUUGCGCUGAAAAUAUCCCAGAUUCAUGAGAGAACUGGCCGGAGGGGACCCACUGUCAUCACCUGAGCACAGGGCAGAGGAGCAC